GAGCGCUCUCGUGCCGGCCGUUGCGCGGCCGCGACGCCCCGGGCUGCCGCGGCGGGGCGCUCCGGGCUAGUUGCCCCGCCGUGAGAGGCCUCGGCUGCCCCGCGCGCAGAUAGAUGUGGUUCCUGCUGGUUCCCUAGGUAGAUGUGACUCCCUUUAGGACCACAUCCAGGCAAGACUGGAACUGGAUCACAGUUCUCCUUCAGGGUCCACAGCUGGGACCAAGGUUCUUUGACUGCACAUAUAGAUAACUCUAUGUUUCCAAUUCAUCAUGGCUUCAACUUCAAGCAGCUUUACUGUUGGGAGUGGAGCCGGUUCAAAGCCAAAGUCUACAAAGCUGCUGGAGGUCCUGAAUGCACUGGAGGAGUAUGAGUCUGGCCACAGCCGGGAGGAGAUCUUCAUUGCGCCUCCGGACAAUGCCUCAGGGGACUUCACUGACGAGGACUCCGGUGACGAAGAUGGCCAGCGAGGUUCCCACCUGCCAGGCAGCAUCCUGCAUGCCUUUGUGGUGCCCGAGGAUUCUGGCACCGAGGAGGAGGAGGACCUGCCGCCGGCCACGAAGCGGCAGAAGGUCAUAGUGGAGCCUCAGCGUAUUUGGACGAAAAGAGAUAUCCGGCCCGACUUCAGCAGUUGGACGGCAUCGGAUCCUCACAUAGAGGAUCUCAGAAGCCAGGAACUGAGUCCUGUGGGCCUCUUCGAGUUGUUCUUUGAUGAAGGAACAAUUAAUUUCAUUGUUAAUGAAACCAAUCGUUAUGCUUGGCAGAAAAAUGUCAACCUUGGGCUCACAGCUCAGGAAUUAAAGUGUGUUUUGGGCAUUUUGAUUUUAAGUGGGUAUAUAUCCUAUCCGAGGAGAAGGAUGUUUUGGGAAACAUCCCCCGAUUCACAUCAUCAUCUUGUGGCUGAUGCAAUUAGAAGGGACAGAUUUGAACUGAUCUUCUCAUACCUGCAUUUUGCAGAUAAUACUGAGCUGGAUGAAAGCGACAGGUUCGCCAAAGUCAGGCCUCUCAUUGUCCGGAUGAAUCGCAAUUUCCAGAAGCAUGCGCCCCUGGAAGAGUUCUACAGCUUCGGAGAGUCCAUGUGUGAGUACUUCGGGCACCGGGGAUCCAAGCAGCUGCGUGCCGGGAAGCCCACGCGGCUGGUCUACAAAAUCUGGUGUGGGACAACCAGCAGGGGCUACCUGGUGUGGUUUGAGCCCUCCCAGGGCACGCUGUUCACCAAAUCGCACAGGGGCCUGGACCUCGGGGGCAGUAUGGUGGUCAAGUUCGUGGACGCGCUGCAGGAGCGUGGCUGUCUGCCAUACCACAUAUUCUUUGACAAGGUUUUUACAAGUGUCAAACUCAUGUCCAUUUUGAGGAAAAAGGGGGUAAAGGCCACAGGAACUGUUCGUGAGUACAGGACUGAGCGAUGUCCCCUCAAAGAUCCCAAAGAACUGAAGAAAAUGAAGAGGGGCUCGUUUGAUUAUAAAGUUGAUGAGAGCGAGGAGAUUAUCGUGUGCCGCUGGCAUGAUAGCAGCGUGGUCAACAUCUGCUCCAAUGCCGUGGGCAUAGAGCCCGUGGGGCUCACUGGCCACCAUGCGGGAGCAGCCAAGACGCGGACCCAGGUCCAUCAGCCCUCCCUGGUGAAGCUGUACCAGGAGAAGGUGGGGGGUGUCAGUCGGAUGGACCAGAAUAUUGCCAAGUACAAGGUGAAGAUCCGUGGCAUGAAGUGGUACUCGAGCUUCAUCGGCUACGUCAUCGAUGCUGCCCUCAAUAAUGCCUGGCAGCUGCACAGGAUCUGCAGCCACGACGCCCAGGUGGACCUCCUGGCCUUCCGGAGGUACGUGGCCUGCGUGUACCUGGAGAGCAAUGCUGACAUGUCCUCCCAGGGGCGACGAAGCAGGCGGCUGGAAACUGAGAGCCGCUUUGACAUGAUUGGGCACUGGAUAGUCCACCAGGACAAGAGGACCCGGUGUGCCCUCUGCCACUCGCAGACCAACACCCGCUGCGAGAAGUGCCAGAAGGGCGUCCACGCCAAGUGCUUCAGGGAGUACCACAUCCGGUGAUGCACGGUGGGCAGAGGGAGCCCUCUGGAAGCUUGGUUUGUGAGAUGCCCACAGCCAGUUACAUACAGUACGUGGAGCACUAGGUUUUGCAUUGGAAAAGAGACCUGAAUCCCUAAUGAUGUGCUUUUGUAUCCCCCCUCAUGUCCAUUACAUUUAUAUUUUUAUUGUCUUCUGUGAUGCCUACAUGUAACAUAAGUCACUAUUUAUAUUGAUAAUUAUAGGUGUUUCUAAGUCUC